AUGUCGCGACCAGCCGGCGCAAAUUAUGAGAUUUUCAAAAAUUUUGUUGCCGGUGGUUUCGGCGGGACGUGCUGCGUGGCUGCCGGGCAUCCGUUUGAUACGGUGAAGGUACGCUUGCAAACGAUGCCAAAACCGGCUCCUGGUAUGCGGCCAUUGUAUACGGGUGCUCUGGAUUGCGUGAGACAAACUGUUUCCAGGGAAGGAUUUUUUGCUCUUUAUAAAGUUUGUUUUUCAUCAUAUAAUGAAAUUUCUCACUAA